UCUUACACUCAAUCACACAAACAGAGAGAAACAGAGAACUUUAUAGAGAAGAAAUGGCGAAGCUGUUCAUUAAACAAGCCAAGCAAUAUGCAGAAGGAAGACCCAAUUAUCCCCCCAAAUUGUUUGAAUACAUCGCUUCGAAAACGCUCAUCCACGACCUCGUUUGGGACGUCGGCACCGGCACCGGCCAAGCUGCUUACUCGCUUGCAGCACACUACACAACUGUGAUCGCCACUGAUACGAGCCCAAAACAGCUCGACUUUGCAGCCAAACUUCCCAACAUUCAUUACCGCCACACCCCGUCGACAAUGUCCAUCGUGGAAGUCGAGAAAAUGGUGGCACCACCAGGGACUGUGGACUUAGUCACUGUGGCACAGGCCCUCCAUUGGUUCGACCUCCCAUCUUUCUACCGAAACGUCCGAUGGGUCUUGAAAAAACCUCACGGCAUCAUUGCCGCUUGGUGCUACUCAUUGCCCGAGGUCAACAAUGCCAUCGACACCAUCCUCCGCCGAAUCUACACAACAAAUUUUGGACCGUAUUGGGAGGCGCCAUGCCGAUUUGUGGAUGAAGAGUAUAAAACGAUUGACUUCCCAUUUGAGGCGGUGGAUGAAGAGGGGCCGACGACGAAGUUUGCAACGGAGAAAGAAAUGGAGUUUAAAGACUAUUUGAUAUAUUUAAGGUCUUGGUCAUCAUAUCAAACAGCCAAGGAUUUAGGAGUGGAGCUUUUGAGUAAUGAAGUGAUUGAAGAACUUGAGAUGGCUUGGAAUGAAGAUGGGGUUAAGGGGAAAAAAGUGGCCAAGUUUCCCAUCCAUUUAAAGAUAGGGAAAGUGGGGAAUAAUAACUAAAUGAGACAUUUAGUAUGGAGUAUGUUUGUAACUAUACUCUUGUUACAUCUUUUCUUAAUUUUCAUGAGAAUCUUUUGUAAAUCUUUUGUGAAUACACAACUAUAAAUGGGUCACAAUGUUUCACAACAUUUCA